CCUUCUCCUCGCCCGUUGGAGGCCCACAGCGCGUCCAGAGCCGCCCGGGUGAGGCUGCCGCGCAGCCUACUCCACCUCGAGGUGUUUUCACUGAACUCCAGCCGCCAUCAUGUCUGCCACAACUUCUGAGACUUCAAAUUCAGCUGUCUCCAGGGAGGCCAGCACCCAGUCUUCAUCAGCAGCCACCAGUCAAGGAUAUGUUUUGCCAGAAGGCAAAAUCAUGCCAAACACUGUUUUUGUUGGUGGAAUUGAUGUUAGGAUGGAUGAAACCGAAAUUAGGAGUUUCUUUACCAGAUAUGGCUCAGUAAAAGAAGUGAAGAUAAUCACUGAUCGAACUGGUGUGUCAAAGGGCUAUGGAUUUGUUUCAUUUUAUAAUGACGUGGAUGUGCAGAAGAUAGUAGAAUCACAGAUAAAUUUUCAUGGUAAAAAGCUGAAACUGGGCCCUGCAAUCAGGAAACAAAAUUUAUGUACUUAUCAUGUGCAGCCACGUCCUUUGAUUUUUAAUCCUCCUCCACCACCACAGUUUCAGAGUGUUUGGAGUAGUCCAAAUGCUGAGACAUACAUGCAGCCUCCAACCAUGAUGAAUCCUAUAACUCAGUAUGUUCAGGCAUACCCUCCUUAUCCAAGUUCACCAGUUCAGGUCAUCACUGGGUAUCAGCUGCCAGUUUAUAAUUAUCAGAUGCCACCGCAGUGGCCGGCUGGGGAACAGAGGAGUUAUGUUAUACCUCCGGCUUAUACAACUGUUAACUACCAUUGCAGUGAAGUUGACUCAGGAACUGAAGUUUUGUCAAAUGAAUGUUCAGUUCAUGAAGCUACUCCAGCCUCUGGAAAUGGCUCACAAAAGAAGUCUGUGGACCGAAGCAUACAGACGGUGGUCUCUUGUCUAUUUAAUCCUGAGAACAGACUGAGAAAUUCUCUUGUUACUCAAGAUGAUUACUUCAAGGACAAAAGAGUGCAUCAUUUUAGAAGAAGCCGGGCAGUCCUUAAAUCUGAUCAUCUCUGCUAACUUUCUAGUCUCGCAAGGUUGUUAGUUUUGAAUAUUAAAAGAGAUGGAAAGGUUUUACUAUUACAGAAUUUUUGACAAAUCACACUCAGACUUUGUAUUGUAUAAAAGUUAUAUUAGAUUGCCCAGUUUUAUGUUGAAUGUGUUAAUUUGAUGUUUAAAUAGAAACUGAUUUUGUGUUCAUUAUAUAGUUGAAAGAAAAAUAAUUGCAAGUAAAAAAGAUAAAAAAUAAUUUUCAAAUAAUUGAAAAAUAGUUGAAAGGAAUAACUUUUAAGACUUAAGGACUUGUAAUUAAAAUUGGCAUUUUAAGAGUUCAAAAGCAAGUACUAAUUUUCAAGAAAAAGGAUUUUAUAAACCUAUUUUGGAAGGUCGGAAUUUUGAUAGUUUGGCUACAAGCAAGCAUUUCACUUCUCAACAGGUACCUGAACAGUACAGUAUUUACAAUAUUGUGCUUUACAUUUAUUAUUUGUCUAAACAUUUGCCACAAGAGCAGAAUUUUUAGAACUGCAUUUUUAAUCAGUGGAACUCAGUAUAUAGUUUAUUGAAGUCUUCCUUAUCUAAGCCCAGGAAACAGAUUCUUAAUAGUCCAAUCAGUGGGUCUUACAUUUAUACAAAAUAUUUUACCCUUUUGCUAGAAUCCACACAAAUGCACAUAUCUUAUUUAUUUGGUUGGGAUGGUAAUUAGGAUAUCUGAAAUUCUGGGUGUAAUUUUGUUUAAAGAAUCCGAGACAAACUAAACUAUGCUAGAUGUAUAAGCUAUUCUCAGUGAGUUAAUACUCUUUUUUUCUUAAAAUGCUAAACUCAAUGGCUGUCUUAAAAUUGUGCAAAAUACUGGCAUUAAAGAGUGCUGAAGAUUUUUUAUGUCACUUAAAAUUUAAUCAGAGUAUCUGAAAAAUUUUUAUAAAAACAUUCAAAAUAUAAGUUGUUACAGAGUAAAUAGAUUUUUAUUUUUGUUAGUCUCUUGUAUUUCCUUUUGUAAAGUAAAAUAUGUCCAAAACAGUCAAAGUAGAUAAUUUUGACAUUUCUAAACCACAAAAUUUGUUUCAUAAUUGUAUCCCAAGAAUGUGGUAGUUAAUCUGUUUUUAAAUUAGAUGAUCUCUUAAUUGGAUAUUAUAUAUUGUAACAGCAGAGAGACUCUUUGUGCCCACAGUUGUUUUCAACCUGUAUUCCCAUUCUGUCAGGAUUUGUUCCAUGGUAUAAGUAGGCAAGUAACAAUUGUGAGCAGUUCAGGGGCUAAGCCUUAGGAAUGUAGCUCUGGGACGGUACCUUUCUAAAGGGAACAAUUGAUAGAUACCGUCUGACCUGCCAUGUACAUGAGUUUUACAGUGCCUUGUAUUAGCCCUUUCCUUCAAAUAGAGUCAUGCCACAAGUGUCCAUAAUGAUCUUAACUCUUAAUUUCUGUAUCUGAAGGACAAAAUCUUUUUAAGUCUCCAAGAGGUCAGUGUACCAGAAAACUAGGAAGUAUGCUGAAAUUUGUUCUUUUGUUUGUCCCUUUUCCCCCAUUUGUAUUUUUUUUUGUGUUAAUAGUCUUGCAUGAACCACUCUGUGAUUAAAUCUCCAGCUUACUAUGAAUGAUAUCCUAAAUUCUAAAAAACAAUUGUAAUUGUUGAUGUAUGACUUAAGGAAAAGUAAGGGAAUAAACUUUCAUCUGCUGUUUUGUUGGAGUCAAGUAUUUAAGAGAAGGGAAAAAGAAAAGUACUGAGCCUUUCAAAAUGAAUGAUUAAUUUUAAACUUAAAAGUGUGUUCCUAUUACCUAUUGCUGAUACUAUCUUUGCAUAAAUGAAUAAAGCUUUUUUUUCAAAAAUA